ACGCGUUUAGUUGCGGUCUGUGCUGGUUGAAGACGGUAGAUAAGAAAUGAACUCAAUAAUUGCAAAAAUGUAUCCAGUUAAAGAAGAUAAUAUUUUCUAUGAUAAUUUAGUGAACAAUAUUCAAAGACUUUUUAUAGACACAGAAAAGAAUGAUUCUCAACAGUUCAGUGUUUCACCAAGUAAUUACUCCAUAGCCAAUCGAUCAUCAAGUUCCAAUGAAACAUCACCGGAAUCUUAUUUUGAUUACUCAUUUUACCAGUCUGAUUCAUCCAGUUUGAGAAACCAGGCCGAAACUAAUAAUUAUCAACAAUUCAGAUCACAGCCUAGAGAUAUCACAGGAUUAACCUACAGUCAUGGUCCAAAUAUGUUAAACACCCAAAGAAGAAUCGAAACUCCAAUUCGCAGAGAAAGACCAAUAUUAGGUAGACAAGUCUUACCGGAAACAGGGUGUUUAAAAGAACCAGAUAAUAAUAUGUGGCCAUCAAGUCCUGAGAAACAAGGGUAUGAAUUGUUUCCGAUCAAAAAGGAGUCUCCUCUUGGGAGUCUCUCACCAAUUAGCAACAGGACUUCAUCAUUUAGCAUUUCACCAACUUACGUUGAUCCACCACAGGCUACUGCUUCAUGGAGACUAUUGUCGGAAGACUAUUAUAACAUGAGGCCGGCAUCAACAUCUACCAAAUAUGAAGAGUCAAAGAUGUGCACAUUAUGUAAAAAGAAUGGUGAAAGACCACAGGUCUACAUGGACCAUAAUCUAAAGGAGAAGAAAGACAAGAGAUAUGUGGUUACUUGUCCGAUACUGAGAUCACAUGUAUGUACUAUUUGUUCGGCUAGCGGUGACAACGCGCAUACUCUGUCCUAUUGCCCAGUUCUACGCAACAAAAACAAUGGAAAACCGCUCCCAUCAACCACUAUCACUUUGAAGAGCACGCGAGUCAAAAGCAAUGGACAGAAACGGUACUAAUGAAUUAUUGGACGUUAUACCAGAAAAACGUUCCGAACCACAAUCAUGUAGAAAUUGAGUUAAGAACACAAAACUGGACAUCAUGACUUAGUAGCCCAACUCACAAGUAUGGAAUACACUAAUAUUUAUUAAACUUUACACACGAAUUCCUUAAGAUGUGAUGUUUGUGGUUUGGAACGUUUUUCAGGAACUACGUCCUAUUUUAAAUAACUGCGCGCUUUGGUACAGGGAUGUAACCGUCUCAUAUUAACAUGUAACGCAAGCAAACAUCCGUAAGUUUGCGCACAGUACUUGAUUGGUGAUUUUGAAGUGUAUGACUGAAUGUGACGUCACAAAAUGGCGGCUUAUCCGCUGUAUCAACGUGCGGGAUUAUUAAGUAAGAUGUUUGCUCUAGUAGGCUUCUUUCAAUAAGGGACAUCUAUUAUCAAAUGUACAUCUUUUUAAUAACAGUUCUAAAGACUGACAACAAUACAGUUGAUUUUGUAUUAUGUAUUGUUAUACUACGAUUAUAUACUUACGAUUCUGUUAUACUAUGUUUAAAACAGUUCGUAAUUACAGGAAAACUGUAAAGUAUGGCAUAUUGUAAUAUUAACAGCACACUGAUGAGUGGGAACAUAAUAUUAUAAUUGUUUUACGAAUUUUGUAAGCUUAAAAGUAUUUUUAAUAAUUAUAUUUAUAUUCGAUAUAUUCUGUUAGGUACAGUAUGCCCUGUUUGCAGUUCGGUAUGCAAAGUUGUAUCAAGCAAAAAGUGCACAAAUUACUCACAAUAUACUUAUGAUAAUUUCAUUAAAUUUCAACAAAAUAUUUUACAAUGAAUAUUACUGUAAUGAUCUCAUUUCGAUCUCUAUAUAAAAGAUAAUAUACUUAUGAUUAUUUAGCUCUGACUAAUCCAUAUGACAAAUAUACAUGAAAAUAACACGUUUUUAUUAUUAGAUUAGGUAGGUAGACCUAUAUGUUGAAAUGUUUUACCCAGAUUAUUUUAUUUAAUACUAACCUUUUAAUUGAAAUAUUUUUAACAAAUGGACCAUGUUUACUGUAAAUUGUAAUCAAAAUCAACACCUUAACACUAAAAUAUUAACAAUAAUAUUUUAUCAAUAAUAACCAUAUUCUAAUACAAGUAAAAUAUAGAUAAAUAUAUAUUAAUAUCAUUCCAACUACUUCAGUAAAGCAAUAUUAAUUAUUUUUUAUCCUGAGUCAUUUUAUUAUUAAUAUUUUUUAAUUUAGUCUGACUAAAAUCAAAAUAAAUCUAUGUAAUAUUUGUUAAGUAUAAGGUUUGUUAUUAUUAUUGCAUUAUUGAAACAAAAAUAAUUAAUGAGGGUCACACUUAAUCAAAACUAGGGCCACGCUUAAUCAAAACUAGGGCCACACUUAGUCAAAACUAGGGCCACACUUAAUCAAAACUAGGGCGUGCACACGCACUUUUACUAAUGCGAUUACGAGACUACAAAAACGAGAAACGUUGGUUAUUAAUCAUAUCAAUCAUUGCGAUAACUUUUUACCGACAUUAUACAUUGCCGUAUCUAAUUGAAUUUAGCACACAGACAUUCGUUUAUUUAUUUGUUUGCAAACAAAUAUAGAUACAUCCUUAAACAUAAAGUAGAAAUAGUAAAAAUAGAAAUAUGGAUGUCUCCUUAUACAGUUUCACUAAGUACCAUUAAUAUUUAAAUUUACACAUAAAUUACACUUAGCGUAGCAAACAACCAGUUAAUAAAUAAAUCUAACCUAAUGCAGUUGUAGACAUUUUUACAAUUUAGAAGAAAUUUCGUGAUUUCUAACUUACUCUGUUAAUAAGUGCUAGGCGUUAGUUCGAAGCCAGGAAUAUAUAAUUGUGGUAUAGCGAUACUUUAUGGUACUUAUCGCAUUGGUGAUGGUUUACGUGUGCCUUACUGUGCGCCCCAGUAAUAGAUAAUAAUAAAAUCGCCCGCAGGUAUCGUAUAGAGCCUGUUUGUAUUCAAUUUGAUGCUAUUAAUAGCAAUUUUAACGCGUCAGCGGGACCUUAGGUAUGCCUUAUCGCCUCAGUAAUAGGAUAGUAAUAGAAUUGCACGCCGAUGUCGUAAAAAUAAUGUAAUAUUUUUCUUCUAACGCGUUAGUGAGCGUUUAGUGGCCCCAGCACACACAAUAGUUGUACACCGACUUGUUCACGCAGUUUGACGCGAUAACUAGUGUGACAUUUUAAAUAGAUAAUGAGCGUUUAGACGAUAAUUGUUUUGGCCCCAACAAAAAAGUUACUUUGUGCUUGACAACACCUGCGUCCCGUGUACCAUAAAAGCGCGUUGUAGUUUUUGUCAACUGUUGGGGCUAUAAUUGUAUUCGUAGAAAUUUUUAUAACAGGGUCAUUUUUAUAAAGAUAGACUUUGUUAUUGUUGAGUAUGGCAUCGUUCUAUUAGUAAUUUUUUUAACAUUUUAUUUUGACUUAAAAUAUACAACAAAUUAUGACCAAGCUUAGUGUAAAGUUAACAUAAUAUAAUCUAUAAAUAUAAUUAUUUAUAAAUUAUAGUUCAUGGAAGUAC